AUGACGCAAUGGUGUUUCGGCGCGCCGCUGUUUGACCGAGUGUUUCUGAUGACUGGCGGCUCGUGCCUGAUUGGCCCCAGCUCGGUGCCUGCCGCUUCCAUGCGCGCCUGCCGAUCGGCGGGCGGCAGCUGGAGCGGCGGCCACGAUAUCUCCGGCCACUGCUUUUUGCUGCUGCACUCCACGCUGUUCUUGGUCGAGGAGGUCAUCCGCCCGCUACCAAGGGCUAACCGCAGCCUCCAUAGGACUGUGGUCGGCGUGGCCUCGGUGUCGCUGGUCGCCGUCUGGGUCGUCAUGCUGCACUUCACCGCAAAGUUCUUCCACGGCCCGCUCGAGCUGAUCUCUGGCUCGGUACUGGGCAUCGCCUUCUGGGCCGCCAUGUACUAUCGUCGCCCCUCCACAGUGGAUCACCUUCCUGAAUAG